AUGGAAUCGCUUAUUCCUGUAAUCAACAAGUUGCAAGAAGUAUUUUCUGCCAUUGGCACUCGUGAAACAGAAAUACAGUUGCCACAGAUCGUUGUUGUCGGUUCACAGAGUGCCGGUAAGAGUUCAGUCCUAGAAGGUAUCGUUGGUCGUGAUUUCCUACCCCGUGGAGCUGGUAUUGUCACUAGAAGACCUCUGAUUUUGCAGCUGAUGAAUGUACCUAUUGACGAUAAAGAAGCUAGAACUACUGACAAAGAUACAUUGUUGAAUUUGAUACAUGAUCGUGAUUGGGCUACAUUCAGCCACCUGAAAGAUAAGAUAUUCACGAAUUUUGAUGAAGUUAGACAAGAGAUCGAGCUUGAGACGGAGAGGAUCACGGGUAAAAACAAAGGAAUCUCAGAAAUUCCAAUCAAUCUCAAAAUUUUUUCGCCUAAUGCUGUCAAUCUAACUCUCAUUGAUUUACCUGGCAUGACGAAAGUACCAGUAGGGGAUCAACCUGUAGAUAUUGAAAUUCAAGUCCGCGAUUUAAUUAUGAAAUAUAUCGGAAAUCCAAAUUCUAUCAUUUUAGCAGUGACACCAGCUAAUCAAGAUUUAGCUACUUCGGAACCAUUAAAGUUAGCGAAAGAAGUCGAUCCUGAUGGCUGUCGCACGCUUGCUGUUCUGUCUAAACUGGACCUCAUGGAUCAUGGUACAGACGCUAUGGAAGUUCUUCUCGGAUAUGUUGUGCCUGUGAAAUUAGGGAUCAUAGGAGUUGUAAAUAGAUCUCAAGCUGAUAUUAUGAUCAAAAAACCAAUUGAGGAUUGUUUGCGUGAUGAGCAGUCAUUUCUACAACGAAAGUAUCCUACGCUAGCCAGCCGGAAUGGAAUACCCUAUUUGUCGAAGACACUUAAUAGACUAUUAAUGCACCAUAUACGAGAAUGUCUUCCUCAGUUAAAAAUGCGGGUAAAUGUGUUGAUGGCGCAAUGCCAGACACUACUCAAUUCGUAUGGGGAACCAGUAGAAGAUUACAGAAGUACAUUGUUGCAAAUAAUAACUCGUUUUGCAACAGCUUACACUUCUACUAUUGAAGGCACUUCAAAAAAUAUUGAAACAGCGGAGCUGUGUGGUGGAGCGCGUAUUUGCUACAUAUUUCAUGAGACAUUCGGUCGAGUUUUAGAGUCGAUUGAUCCAUUAGGAGAUUUAACGCAACUUGAUAUAUUGACAGCAAUACGCAAUGCUACCGGUCCUCGGCCUGCACUUUUUGUUCCCGAAGUAGGUUUUGAAUUAUUAGUCAAAAGACAAAUUCGUCGUCUGCAAGAACCCAGUUUGCGCUGUGUGGAACUUGUACAUGAAGAAUUACAAAGAAUUGUCCAGCACUGUGGCAUCCAUACUCAGCAAGAGAUGCAAAGAUUCCCUCGUUUAUAUGAUAAAAUAAACGAAGUAGUAAGUAAUGUUUUGAAAAGUCGCUUGAAACCAACAAAUGAAAUUGUUGAAAAUCUAGUGGCGAUUGAACUGGCGUAUAUUAAUACAAAGCAUCCGGAAUUUACUGAUGCGUCACUUGGAAAUAUUCAGUCAAUUAUAGCGAGAUCUGUUAUUAAUUUUUUUUAA